ACAAGACAUCAUUUCCAGGUUUGGUAAACACAGAUCAACAUUUAUUGGUAUUCAACGGAGCAAAGAGAGCAACAAAUAAUCGACACCUACAAGUGAGGCUGCUCCGACAACAAGUGAGAAACAAAAAGGCUGUGAGGACUUGGCAGCUGUGUCUCACAUGCCUGUGGAAUCCUGACUACUAUGCUGCUCUUGGUGGCGCUGGGCAUAGUUUCUUGUCACACCGCGGUCACCGCCACGGAGGCUGCGAACAGCAAGCGCAGACCGGCCGCGCCGCAGCUCAACUACAGUGGGAUCUCCCUGCCGCCGGAGCACGUGCCCUACUUCCUCUUCAACAACAAGAGGGUCGCCAAGCGGUGUCGCCUGGACCCGCUCUGCCCUUUUAAAGAUGCACUGCGGGACUCGUCGGCCUGUUGGGGAUAUGAGAAGAACUGCGAUCCAGGGAAGCGCUUCAGCUAUCCAGUCUGUACCAAAGCCGACUCUGGAUGGGCUCGGUCACUGGAGGCGGCUCGGGGGAUUUUCUGGGAGCAGGCGGAUUUUGGCUACGUCAAGGAGCGUCGCUCCGAGCUGAAGACUCUCUGCAAGGCCAGCGAGCCAGGUCAGUCUACAUUAAAAUGCAGCAGCCACGCGAGGUUCUGUAAGGCCACAAACCUUUACCUGGACUUAAGAAAGCCACGCAGAGGUCAUGAGAGAUUCAAGGAGGACUUCUUUCAGCCGGGGGAGAUUGGAGGCCACUGCAGACUCAACAAGCGAGCACUUGCCGCACAGGGAGAGCACAAGAGCCCCCUGCAGUCCUGGUAUGCUGAGCUUCAAACAUACACAGAGCUGGACUUUCAUCCCACAGAGGACGGACACUGUGAGAUCAUCAUUGAAAAACCCACCGUGUUCAUGAAACUGGAUGCAGGCGUAAACAUGUACCACCACUUCUGUGACUUUGUCAACCUCUACAUCUCCCAGCACAUUAACAACUCCUUCAGCACAGACAUCAACAUUGUCAUGUGGGACACGAGUUUUUAUGAUUAUGGAGAUUUGUUCAGAGAAACAUGGAAGGCCUUCUCAGAGUAUGACAUCAUCCACCUGAAGACCUAUGACUCAAAAAGAGUGUGUUUCAAGGAUGCCUUCUUCUCCCUCCUCCCAAGAAUGAGAUACGGACUCUUUUACAACACGCCUCUCAUCCCCGACUGCUCCAGUGAAGGCAUGUUCAGAGCGUUUUCUCAGCACGUUCUCCAUCGGCUGAACGUGCAGCGAGACGCGCCAAAGGCGGGGCGUGUUCGUGUCACCGUGCUGGCACGCAGCACAGAAUACAGACGGAUAUUAAACCAAGCAGAGCUGGUAAAUGCCCUGAAGACGAUGCCCUUACUGGAGGUCAAUGUGGUGGACUACAGAUACAAGGAUGUUCCCUUCCUGGAGCAGCUGAGGAUCACCCACAACUCUGACAUCUUUAUAGGGAUGCACGGGGCCGGCCUCACACACCUCCUCUUCCUCCCUGACUGGGCUGUCAUCUUUGAGCUAUAUAAUUGUCAGGACGAGAGCUGCUAUCAGGAUUUGGCUCGGCUGCGGGGCGUUCGAUACGUGACUUGGCAGAAAAGGGACAAAGUGGUCCCUCAGGACAAGGGUCACCAUCCCACCCUCAACGAACACCCCAAGUUCACCAACUACUCCUUCGACGUGGGGGAGUUCAUGCGCCUCGUGCUGGAGGCGCUCGAUCACGUCACGCACCAUCCGAAAUGGCGGCGCCACGCGCCUCGCGAUGAACUCUAGCCUCUGUGACCCGCAGGGGUGUGAGGAUUACAAACAUGUAACACGCUUAAAGGUCCAGUGUGUAGGCAUCAGUGACAUCUAGUGGUGAAAACUGCACAGUACUCCUCAAACAACAGGACUCCUCCAGAGAGGAGGGGUUUGACGUCAGGGGCGGAACAUUUGAGUGUGUGGGAUGAGUGAUGAAGUUCUGCCCCCUUGUUCACUCACUUGUAGCCCCGCCCCCCCAGUUCCGCCUUCUACUUCACACAUCCACUAACUUGUAGUCUUGCAGUUUACAGAAGGGUAUCAAGGAAGUACGGUGAGUUUAUGUGGGCGGAAGGCGGCCUCUGUAAAGCAAGGCCCUCGCCUUAAAGUUAAAUGUCACACACUGGACCUUUAACAUGAUGCUGCCUUUGUCUGAACAUUUUAUGUAUAAGUUUGUUUGCCGUGGAAAGCGCUUGGACAUCAGUGAGACGUCUGUUUUCCUUCAUUAUCUCCACCGCGCCGGCUUCGUCCCGCGCAGGUUAGCUAAUGAGCAGCUGUCGCCGCGUCCCGUCGCACGCGACGUCCUGUCACGUUCCAUCAGUGUCACUCGGACGCGAGCCUCUUCACAGUCGCCGACAAUCGUACUGGAGUUCCCGGGAGCACGUCCAGCGUUAACUGCUCUAAUAUGAUAGAAGGACUGUUCACACGUACAAUUUUACUGUCGCUACAAAACUUAGAUUUCUUUCUUUCUUUCUUUGCCGUUAGUUUGUCGUAUUAUGAAGUAAUGUUUGAAGUGACGGUCAAAAAAAAAGGGACAAUAUUUGUGUAAUAUCGUGCACAUGGAAGUAGAUUAACACUUUAAAUGUAAACCAUCGUCAUUAGCAAAUGAAUUCACACACUCCUCGUUAAGUCUGUUACCUCCACACGACUCUCGCUCUCUCUGGCGUCGCCCAGCGCUGCACACAGGAAGUGAUUUGUCCUACUUGAAGACGGACAUGUAACGGGUUGGAGUUUGACUGAAAAACACAAAGAAGUUUACCGCUCGCUAAACAAUCCUCGUCCUUUCCGGAGUUUUGACGAGACAAGCGCUUCUCGACUCUCUCUCUCCGGUCAGCUCUGAUAGUUUUGCUUGACAAAGCCCCGGACGCCAGACAAAUAACGUUCAGGAAGACCGAAACAGCAGAAACCUUAAGAAAAACAAAAAUGAGGGACGGUCAGUAAGUGAGACACUCCCACUGUCAGUAUUUUGCUCAAUCGCGUUAAUAUCAUGUAUUAUUAAACACACUUUUAUCCAUUUUAUCAUCUUUUGUCCGAUGAAUAUCUAAACGUCGUAUUUCAAACCUAUCUUUCACAGUUUGGCUCCUUCACUUGUGUUAUUAUUUAAACAAAUGUACUUUUUUUGUCUGUUUUGCACUUUGCAC